AUGGAUACCUACAGCAAAUGGCUAACUAUCCUUCUCCUGAUCUUCGGUGUUGUCCACCAUUUCGGCACCGCCGCGUUAGCCCGCCACCUCCAUGAGAGGUUUGGCGGUGCCGGCGGGGGUUUUGGUGCCGGAUUUGGUGGAGGAAUUGGAGGAGGUGGAGGUUUCGGAGGCGGUGGUGGUCAAGGUGGCGGCUUUGGGAUUGGUGGUGGUGGUGGCGGCGGAUCCGGUGGUGGUUUUGGUGGCGGAAGCGGUGGAGGAGUUGGUGGAGGGUUUGGAGAGGGAGGGGGAGGAGGAGGAGGAGGGGGGGUUGGAGGGGGGGGUGGGGGGGGGGGGAUUGGGAGGGGUGUGCUAAUCGGAAGGGUUGGAAAUGCCAAUAAUAGGUUUGAUGAGGAUUUUAAUCGGUUUUUUAACAAAUUCAUUGAAUAA